GGUUUGUGUGCAUUGAUAUAAACCCUUAAUCUGCGGCCAGUUAAACCCCGGGGAAUAAUUUAAGGAGCUGCUGGACUUUUGUGUCAGAGGAGUCCUUCACUUUCGAAAAAGGAGUCCAAGAAAGUCUCGCCUUGCCACAGCAGGCUUGAAACCCCAUCCCAACCUGUUCUUGGUCCUGGAUGUGAGAAGGAAAAGGCCCUGGAGCUGCCCUGGACCUGGUUGGAGCACCAGCACCUUGACCACGAUAACCUCAAGCAAGCUGGUGAACUGCGCCAAAGGCUGGCCGACGAGAUUGAUGGCAUCAUAAGACCAGGCAGGACAACGAAAGCAGGCAAGAAGUGGGCAGGAAUUGACUCGGGGUGUAAAGGCAAUGGGGCAACAUACCGUAAACUGGAGGAGCUGCUGAAGACUCUCCAUGGGGAGGCAGACAAGGAGCAGGCCGGGCUUCUGCAGCGCCUCUUGGAGGAAGUGGAGGUGGAGAAGAGCUACUUCCUGUGCCACUUGCUAGAAGUACAUGGGCAUCCUUUAGUAGAAGACAAGAAGGACAAAAUUACAAAAGGGCCGGCUAAGUGGAGGUCAAAGAACUCUAAGAGCCAGGAUAUCCCUGAGUCCUUCAAGGAGAGAAAGCAAUUCGUAACACAUUACUACUCAGAUUCUCAGAACCGUCCACCUAUGAAAAAGAGCAAACAGGGGUUGGAAAGCUCAUCUGAAAAGGAGGAUUCUGGGAAAAGCCCCCUCGGUUCUUCGCCAGUGGAAGAAAAGAGCAACAAGGGGGAUUUUUCUGAGACUUUACCUGAUGUGGGUUGGGCACUCCAGAGUUCUGAUCCAUCUCUGGAAAAGUUGUCUCCUUCCAGAUGUUCAGAGGACAACAUGGAAGACAUGAACGGCGCAGAUUAUGACUAUCUAGUGCGGCAGAACUCUGAGCUUCUGAGAGCGCUGGAGGACCUGGAGAAGACCGUCUCCACGCUCCGAGAAGAGAACAGCCUCCUGCGGAAGAGCAGUUGUCCUGAGACGGAGGACAAGGUGAAGAGGCUGAGGAGGAAAAAUGCUGAGCUGGCUGUCAUCGCUAAGCGUCUGGAGGAGAGGGCACACAAACUGCAGGAGGCCAAUCUUAAAGUGGUGAAUGCCCCCAUCCCUAUAAAACCCGGCGCGGUAGAGCAAUAUAAGAGAGCGUUUGCGAGGCAGCGGGCACGAGACCUAGCUCAGCACGCAGACACACUCCUCUCCAAAGACAAGGAGAUCGCCGCACUGCAGCAUGAGUGCCGACAGCUAGAGGCCAAAAUAGGACAGGACAAAGGUGGUCCUGAUCCAGCAGGAGCGGGGGAGUUUGAGCGGUUGCUGAAGGAGUCUCAGAAGGAGGUGCUGCGUCUGCAGAGGCAGCUCUCGGUCAGCUCAGCUCGGGACCAGAGCUCAGCCGGAGGAGCCGAGAAAGGGCGAGAACAAAAAGAGGCACCCGUUGUAUGUGAAACUGCACAGCCUGUAGCUGAUGAAGUCCUUGUUAAGGGGGAGGAAACCCAUGGAGAGGAGGAGGAGGAGUCUAGAGCACAAGUAACCCCAGAGAAGGACACUAGCUCCGCCCACCAGGAAGAACAGACACAAAAGGACCGUAUAGAGUUUCUGGAAAGUGAGUUGAGUAAGAAGAGAAAAGAAUGUGAGGGUCUCGAGCACGAAGCAAGGAAGAGGCAGAAGAGAUGUCUCGAUUUGGAGAGCCAGCUUGAGGAUGAACGCAUCAAAAAUGAGCGACUAACAGAGGAGGCCGAACUCCUCAGGAGGAAGGCUCAGCUGCUUGAGCAGUCCCAGGUUGAGAAUGAGGAGCUGAAGGGGGAUCUCUCUGCAGUGAGCGCUCGGUAUAGUUCAGUUCUCGAGGAGAACCAGAGACUCCGUGCCAAGCUGGAGAACCUAGAGCAGGUCCUAAAGCAUAUGCGAGAGGUCGCAGAGCGCAGGCAGCAGCUGGAACUGGAACAUGAGCAGGCACUGGCUAUCCUCAAGUUCAAACAGGAUGAAAUCAAACGACUUCAGCGGGCUCAGUUAUUUGCCAAGAGGGAACAUGAAGGAGUUGUGCAAAUGCUGGAGGGGUUGAUCCAGUUUGUAUUGCUGAGAGAGCUGGCGAAGGUACGGGAGCUGGAGCAGAAGUGCCGUAAUCAGAGCGAGCAGUUCAGCCUUCUCAGUCAAGAGCUGGACAAAUUCCGGCAGCAGGCCUCUAAGAUCGACCUGUCGGCUCCUGGGCUGCUGUGCUCCGGCCUCACGCAACUUCCUAACGGCCUCAGUCUGCCCACAGACACCGGCACUAGUGCCUCAUGGGAUGACAUCGCCUUCUGGAGUCUGGAGGGUAACGAGGCCCUCUGUGACGUCUCUGAGCAGGGUACUCAGGGCCAUGUUUCUUUCAUCAGGAGGACACACAGAGUCAUCCCUCCCAACUUUGGCUCCCACCGCAACCUUGCGACAGCUUCCCGAUCCAGCCCUGAGAACGAAUUCAAUAUGUUCUUCUUUAAGAAUAUCGUCAAAGAUAUUCUUAAAUCUGUGGCAACAACCUACCCCAUUUCCUUUUUUUUCGGAAUCUCCUGUUCACCCCUCUCUGUUUCUUUUCUUUCUUCAUUGUUCUGUCUCUUCAUCUUCUGGACAGAUUUGUCUGCUGUGCUUCGGGCCGGCUUGGCGCCAUACUCGGCGGGUCUGUCCCAUUCCGGGCGCUCGCCAGGCACCAAACACCGCGAGCUGCCCAGCCUAAACCCGAAAUCAGCCUCCACGUCCAGUACGUCUCCUCCCAAAUCUGAAAACACACACCUGUCGCCGAAAUCAGCCGCAAACUCGCGCAAAGCCAGCCCCACUCACGAGGUGGACACUGCCAGUGAGGUUGAGGAACUGGACAUCGAUGUGUCCCCUGUUCCCUUCGCAGCCAGUCGAGGAGCUGCUAAACUUCAGGUUUUCAUCGCCCGUUACAGCUACAACCCAUAUGAUGGCCCAAACGAUAACCCAGAGGUGGAGCUGCCUCUCACAGCAGGGGAAUACAUCUACGUAUACGGAGACAUGGACGAUGAUGGCUUCUAUGAAGGUGAAUUGAUGGAUGGCCGUCGAGGCCUGGUCCCAUCCAACUUUGUAGAGCGUGUCUCAGACGACGAGGCACACGAAGCCACCGACUUUUCCCACAACUCCUUCCUGGAGAGCAGCAUUCACAGCACCUCAGAGAGACCACAUCAGCACCAGCACCAUGUGCGUUUAGGCCACAGCAUCACAGACAGGACAGAGGCCUCGGCUACCAGCGACAUAAGCAAAGCCGGCACUGUGCCUUUCGUGAAUGGCUUGGACCUGGAUCUGGACUUGGAGGAUGAUACGGAGGCUCAUAUCAUGCCUCAUCCUCACAAGCUGACUCUUAUCAAACAGCUAGCUAAGAGCAUAGUGUUGGGUUGGGAGGCACCCCCAGGAGGAGUCACAGUGCGGAGCUAUAACGUCUAUGUGGACCAGAAACUGCGUCUCAGCGUGCCCACGGGGAAUCCGACGAAGGCCGUGUUAGAGCAGAUGGAUACGAGCCAUAAGGCUCACCAUGUGGCUGUGCAGAGUGUGAUGGAGCAUGGCGCCUCAGAUCCGUUGCGCUGCUGCAUGCGUGUAGGGAAGGACGUGUCCGCAGCACCCACUGAGCUGAGGGUAGAACGCAUCAUGGCCACUUCAGCCCGUGUAACCUGGCUGCCUAGCAACAGCAGUUACGCACAUGCAGUCUCUUUGAAUGGUGAGCUGCGCGAGUUGGUGCAGGCUGGCAGAUACUCACUGCGCCUUGGUGACCUUAUGCCUGGUCUGCACUACCGUGUGGAGGUGGAGGCACAACUGCCAUCAGAGCGGAGGGAGCGCAAGUGUGCUGUAACCUCCUUCACCACACUUACCGCAGGUCCUCCUGAUGCUCCUCUGGAUGUGCAGCUGGAACAGGGGCCAACCCCAGGGAUUGCUCAAGUCAGCUGGCUCCCUGUCACUAUUGAUGCUGCUGGGACUUCCAACGGGGUCCGUGUCACCGGCUACACCAUCUAUGCUGACAAGAAGAAGGUCUUGGAGGUGUCCUCGCCCACAGCGGGCAGUGCUCUAAUUGGUCCUUCUCAGAUUGAAAUGCUUCAAGCGGCGCACGAGCUCACCGUACGCACCAUGUCUCCUCAUGGUGAGUCGGCCAACUCGACGCCCGUGAAUGUGCCUGCCAAGCUACCUGCCAUAAUGGCAGGUGCCUCCAUGCCUCCCUGCCAGCCUGUGCCAGCCCACGCCAGUGUCCUAACCGCCGGUGCCGCCAACAAGGAGUCCAGUGUCCGUGCCACCUCUCUGUCAGCUGCCAAAACGCCCAUGAUGCCACUCAGCUCUAUACUAGACACAACUCCUCCUUCUCCCAUCAUGGAUGUCUAUGCCAAUACACCCAAAGUUGCCACCAGUGAUGCCCCUCUGCCCAUUGCCUCAUAUGUCGAGGCAUGGGCGAAUCCAGCUGUGGCUGCGCAGGAGGCAGGGCCACUUCCUGUUGCUAGUGCCAACCUGCAGGAAACUGUACCUGCAGCAACAGUUGUGCCCACUCCUGUGCCAGUCCCAGUGCCCAUGCCCACAGCCAGUGUUCUGGCACCUCCAGUUCAGCCCAGUGUAGCCCUUACACCAACGCUGGAGCCUAGCCGAGACACCAAUAGCCCAGGGCAACAACGUUCCGUCUCUGAUUUCCUGGAUGACCCCAUGACACACAAGUCAUCACCCACCCCCAGUGUGGCCAGAGUCAUGGUAACUGGGACAGAUAUGCUCGACGUGCCCGAUACACAUCCCCUGCGUCCACCUAACCCCUCACCUGUAGAGUCGGAGCCGGAGGGUGAUAGGGAGAACACUCGUUUGGUCUCCAUCGAAGAGUUCCUCCGGCCUGAACCUGUGGCCAGAACAAAGAUAUAUGCAGGAGGUCUGAUGGACCCUCCUCCUGACUAUCAUGUGGAAAGCAGCCGUUCAGACCUAUCCGAUAUCCUGGAGGAGGAGGAAGAAGAUCUGUACUCCGAGUCUGCCGUCGAUGUAUCACCCAAGAAGGGCAACUCUGGACCUGCAGGCAGGUCUCCAAUGCCAACUUUCCCUACUUGUGUUUCUGUAUGUGGCCUGCACACUCAAACACUCUUCCCUUAUGUAACUGCUCCAUUCCUCAUUGUUUUUGGCUGUGGACCCGUCUCUCAGCCAGAGGGGUGGGAGGCUGACAGUGACGAGGAAGUCUUGGAGAGGAUCCUGAAACUCCAUCCCCAGCUGUUUGGUAAUAAACAGCUGUUCAGUAUACCUGAGGUGACCGAGGAAGAGGACAAUAGCGAAUCGGAGCCUCACUCCAGGCCAACUCUAACCAAAGGACGCUUUCCGUGCCAGCCUGCCUCUGGAAAGUGUCAGCCAUGUGGGGACAAAGCCAAAAUAGCAAGGAACAGAGGGACCACGCAGGUUCAGCUUCGACCUCGCAUGAAUUACAUGAGCAUGGUGGACACCACCAACUAUGAAGAUGAUGAAGAGGCGGACCUCGAUUCAGAAAGCAGUCUGUAUGUGGGUCCCUGCAGCAGGGAGGUGACACCACGACGUUCACAUCGGGUAGACAGAGAACGAGACAGACUUCGCAGAGAAGCCCUACUUCGCAGCCACAUGUCCUCCCACCUUACCAAUUCAGGGGUGACAGCACAAGGGCCGUACAUGCUCAGCAGGACAGCUCGCCACGUCAAGACACCUACCGUAGAGAUAGAUGUUGAGUACGGGACAGAUAACGAUGAUGAGGCAUCACAGUCCGACCCUGGAGAGGUUGUGGUGGAGCAGAUGAGCUCAGAGUGGUGGGUGGAGGGCGGAAAUCAUGAUUACCACCAUGCCUCGUCUCAACGACAGUCCAAACAGGAUACACUUAACAUCAUAGCUUCUGGUCACCACCAAUGGGUGUGUUGCAUCACUUCUUCUGCAACUGUAGCUCCCCUUGGGAUUAACCCACCCUAUGUCCAUGUGUGUGGCUUGCUUCAGGAGGCUGCCAGUCUAGCGGACUCGGGACCAACCUGGUGCGGCCCCAGAGACAACUCUCCAAAAUUAAAUCGAUCGGAGACCAGAUUGCCUAGAGAUGUUGCCGAGCCAAGGCCAAUCGGUGACAGUGAAGUACGGAUUUUCGUUGCCCUCUUCCCAUACGAUCCUUCAACAAUGUCACCCAAUCGCGAUGCAGCAGAGGAGGAGCUUCCCUUCAGGGAGGGACAGAUCAUUAAGGUCUACGGUGAUAAGGACGCAGAUGGGUUUUACCGGGGCGAGUCAGGUGGCCGUCACGGUUAUGUGCCCUGUAACAUGGUCUCUGAGAUUCAGGUGGACGAUGAGGAGACCAGAGAUCAGCUGCUACAGCAGGGCUUCCUGUCCACUGAGACUUCUAUAGAGAAGAUGGGCGCACGCUCACUCGCUCAGCUUCCGCACCGUCCGGCUCCACCACCCAAACCUAGACGCUCCAAGAAAGUGGAAUCUACAGGAGUUUUGGAGGACAGUUCUAACACUGAGUCCUCCAACCAAGAUAAUGCACGACACUCAACCAUUGCCAUGGGAAACCCUGUGCCUCGCAGGAUGGUGGCCAUCUUUGAUUACGACCCAAGAGAAAGCUCCCCUAAUGCUGACAUAGAGGCUGAGCUGACUUUUAACGCUGGAGACAUCAUCUAUGUGUUUGGAGACAUGGAUGACGAUGGCUUCUUUUACGGGGAUUUAAAUGGACAGAAAGGGCUGGUACCUUCCAACUUCCUUCAGGCUUUUCCCGAGAGCGGGGAUGACUCAGCAGAACCCGAGCACACUCUAGCCAGCAGCCGGAGAGACUCACAGGUGAGUCACGCUGCGUCUGUAGACCAGACGGAGCCCCUAAAGUCAAGUCCUCCAGACGAGCCCCAGACUGAACCCAAUUCUCAACCUGAAUCGCUCCUUCCAAACCAGCAGCCUGAGCACCACCCGGGUCCUUCUCCAUUAUCAGGCCAUCCUCUUCCUGUCCUCCAUCCCCCAGGGGACCAUGCUGUCACCAACACCUCUCCACCUGGCAAAAAGAAAAAAGGUUUCUUCUCUAAAGGGAAGAAGCUCUUCAAGAAGCUGGGCUCCAGCAAGAAGGAAUAAAAGCUAAAGACUGUUACAUUGACUAAUUCGCUGAUUGCACUUUCUCCAUGUUGAUGUUAAUUCGUCUGCAUGUAUUUGUGAUUUCAUGGGUAGAUUUAGGGUAGGACACAGACGUCACACUCUGUGACCGAUUGGUGCUUGCUUUUUUUUUUUUUUUUUUUUUUUUUAAUUCUCUGGUUUGUUUUGUCUCCUUUUGCCACCAUGAUAAAGGUGUGUUCUUCUUCCUUAGCUUCACAGUACAACUUCUGACUUGUAAAAAAACAAAACAAAAAAAAAAUCACAUCUUUAUCAAACUAGUAAAUACACAGAAUAUUCUGAAAGCUAUGACUCACCAGUGGGUGAUGUCAAAUUCUAAACAAACACCGAACCAACAAUGCUGGCUUUGUUUUAAAGUUAAAAUAGUUGUAAUAUAACGUCAGGAUUUAACUUUACAGCCCUGGUUUACUAAGAUGCACUAAUUUAGAUGUGUAGCAAAUUAAUGUGUACAAGUAGUCAGUGAUUUACACAGUAUAAUUGUGUGAAUUACAUCAAAGUACAGAGAGGAAACAGUAUACGUUUUGUGUGCGCUAAAUGCGUGCACUAAAUGUUUCUAGUAUGUGCGGAGAGUUCAAGUUUAAUGUCAGCUAACACAAACCAGUGAGAUUUAAAAAAAAAAAAAAAAAAAAAAAAGCUCAAAACAGGCUUCCACAAAUUUAACACAUGCCCUUCAUGUGUAUUAAUUUGCGCAAACAAACCGUGUCCCUGAACUGACAUUCAGGUUUAGUAAAUCGCAUUGCAGGUACAAAAUGAACGGAUUUGCAUUGACUUCUCCCUGUAUUUUGCGCCUCUAGAUAACAAUGCCUCAAAUUGCAUAAUCAUUAAACCAAAAACAUGGAACGAACGAGACAUGCUACUUUUCUCGUGUCUAAGCAGCAACCCUUCAUACUUAGACAGGUUUAUACUCAUUGUCUAUCACACAGUCCCAUAUCAUUUUCUGAUAUUGACCACAUGAUAAAUCGUUAUCAGAAAGACGUAAAAAGCUCGCCCGUGUCAUCUUCCGAGUCUGAAGAGAUAAGCAGCUCAGAAUAGAAGUCUAGAAUAGAGCGGUCAUCUCGUAAUUACUGUGACGCCAAUGAAUGCACUAUAAGACUACAGGUAGUGACUUAAAACGAUCCUUUUUUGCUCCCCGAGUUGAAUCGUCAUGUUGUCAUGGUGAAAACAUCAGAUCAGUUUAGAUUAGAUGAGGUGGAUGUGGGUUUUUUUGUUUUGUUUGUGCUUUCAGCCUUUAAGGUUGUCUCAUUGCUGUUCGUGUAUUAUAUGGCAAUAAGGUUAAAUCCUGUUGUAUGCAGGUGUGCAUUAUGUAAUAUUUCUGUCACAAUUUCUCUCGAAAGAUUCACAUUACAGUGGGGAAAGAGUAGAAUUUGUUCAGCUGCUGUGUGUACUAAACAAGUACGUUCCUUCAGUGUAUAAGGACAAACUUCUGGAGGUUUCCUCUGGUCUGUCUUUGCCUCGCUCAUGGGACUCAAGUAGCACCAAAAGGCUUGUGUGUGUGUGCGUAAAAGAGGGAAAUUCAUCAUUCGUGCAUGUGUGGGCUGAAAAUUAGUAUGAAAACACAUUCACGGUAUACAGAGUGACUCCUGUCCGAUAUGCUGUAGUUAUUUAGCUCUGCUUUGAGGACUAACUAUGUGUAAAGCAUAAGUAUGAUGUUCAUCUGUCAUGAAGGGUUUUCAUUGUACGAUUUUUGGCCAGUUUUUGCUGUCGCAGGCUAUAAUAUCACACACAUACAAGAAUUCUUCAGUCGUGACUUAAAAAUGGUGGACUUCGAAUGGAUAAUGGGAUCAAUUCAGUACCACUGCAACCAAAGACAGCAACUGUCAGAAUUUUUUUUUAAAUUAAAAUCUCAACGUGUGACCUGUUCUGUAAUGUUCAUCUAAACAACACAGGACAGACAGCUACGAAUACGGUAGCGGCAAAAUAUGACGAAAUAUAAACAAAAAUCCUGACUUGCUCACAUUAAUUAAUCUAAAGUUACACGUCUAGGCCCUCGUACAGUGAGUUGCAGCUCUAACAGACAGGCAAAAAUCCUUAUGACCUCAAGUUCACGUUGAAGAAUGUAUUCAUUUACUCAUAACAUCACUACUGUUAUAACGAGGGCUUGUUCCUGUUUAUACAAUGAUUUUCUGUACGAGCCCAGGUUGUGCUGAUUAAUAACCUAAACAGGACACAGUAGUUCUCAGUAAUCAUGAUAUAAUCUGACACAGAGAGCAUGCUAUUAUACAGUCUGUUAUAGAUUUCAGCCAAGGUUUCUGUUGGAUCAGCUCAUACAGCAUGACAUACAGUGUAAUAUUAAAAAGAUGCUGAAAUCUCGCAGUGUAAAACUGGCUUAACUGGCGGUGUAUCAGGUGAACACGGUGGCUGUUCCAAACCAGAACAUCACACACUCUUGCCAAACCUUUUGGUGCUCUUUGUGUUACUAUGGCAGUAGGGAGCUGAUGAGAGAGCGGGGUCCAAGCACCAGAUACUCUAUAGACCAGAAGUCCAGGUCUAGGAUUCUGCUCAAGUUCACUUUGGUUCUGUGCUGAACCAGUAGAUAUAUUUUAAUUAAAUGCUGACUGUGUUAAUCUUAAAAUAUUUAAAAACAGCAGCCCUGAUGGAGGCACUGUACUGUACAGUCAAACUAUUUCUCUCUCCGUAGCCUGUAGGUAACUCUAGGCAAGCAAUGAUCCCUAAGCUGUACUAUAGUCCUAAAACUUGCUUUUCAACCAGCUACUGUAGUUCGCAGGCUUGCACCACAUUGAUCCCAGUGCUUUCGCUAGCGCUAAGCUACUCUCUGCUAAUCUGCACCCACAGCUAGACCACAGUAACUUACUAGCCUUACAAGACCUUGUUUAGUCUUACUACGAUGUUUACUUUUACUGUACUUCUACUGACUGCAUGCAUGAAGGUGUCGCACCCAGACACGGCCUUAUUUAUCGAUAUUUAAGUAUUUAUAAUAUUACCUUGCAUUUCUUUACUUCUACAAUGUAUUUGUAGGAUGUUUUUUUAAAAAACUGGCUACAGUGGAGGCCAAGCUGGAAGAUAUCAGCUGAUACUUUGGUGUGUGUACAGUGAUGAUGUACAGUGUUCAGGUCAACGGUUUGCACUUUGUGAUUUUGACGUACGGUAUUUUCAAACAGUACGAGAAGCUUUAUUCUCACGUCAGUCUCUCAGAAUUUCUGCAAGUGUCACACGGAGAACAGGAACCUGUUUUGUAAAUCUGAGGUUUUGUAAUCAAUUUUUGAAACUUGUAAAUAGUUCUUUUUUCACAAUUUUCUUUUUCCACAAUUUUCUUUUUCUUUUUUUUUUUCCUCUUUAUUUUGCAUGUUGAAGCAGGUUUUGGCGUGAUGACUAGUAAGAUCACUAUUGCGCAUUGAAGGAGGAAAUUGUCAUUUAGGCUGACCUUUUUACAGAAAUAAAAUCUAUUUUUACAGAAAAAUCUUAUGUUUUGUGGUGAUUUUGUGCGUGGAAAAAUAUGGAAAGGUUUUUAGUUCAAUGAUACUUUCUGUAAAAACAUAGUGUAUGCAUGUAGACAAAGCUAAAAAUACAACAGACAACAAAGAGUGUUUUUUUUUUUCAGUUUUAUUAAUGAAAAGGAAAAGUGAAAUCAGAUACAACAAUGUUGCACACUUAAACGUUAUGUCCAGAACAAAUCAGACAUGUUAGCAACAACUAGCUUGGCUUUGUUUCUUCAUAUGCAGCAGCUCAUGUGGCCUAAAAUUUACACAGUGAGCUAUGCACAGUCUUAUGAAACAAAGCCAGUUCCUCUUUUUCUCUGUCCACCAUGUUGAGUCGUUAAAGUGUGAGAACGUUCUCCCAGUAGC